AAUCUCAAUCUCAAGAGCUCCCAGACUGAAGGAACAAAACAAAAUAGGGUCAGCUCAGCCACAAUAAUUGAGUGUUAAAGAGGCAGAGAAGCAUGCCCUGGGGAAGGGCAUUCUAAGCCAAAGAAAUGGCUGUACAAAGGCAGGAGGCAUGGAGACAAAGAAUUGUUGGAGCCAAAUGGCUUUUGUAUGCAGAGAGGUAUGCCCUACAUCCGACAAAGCUGAAAUCUAUUCCAGCCAGGGGAACAUUCACAACUGGAAAAUAGCCAGAUGGGGCAGGCCCAGAGCCUAAACUGUUCAAAUUUAGGAAAGGACCCAGCAAGUUCUCUCAGGGAUUCCUGUGAGAUCUUUUUCCUCACCGGUCUGUGGCGCCUCCAAGGCCACCCACACCGUUUCCACCUCCCCAGCUCACGACAGGCCCAAGUCUGGGCACAAAAGGCAGACCAAUUUUUGGUAUUUUGUUGGUACCUGGUUGGAUUUGGGGGAAAGGGCACGUUCUAACUGCAGAUGGGGCGCCCAGAGUGGGGUAGGGCAGUUGCCCCCGGCAUGACCCCGUCUAGUAGUUGAAGUGCCCUUGUUACCAAGCUUGCUGAGAGGGGGCGAGACUGGGACUUGCUCCACUCUCAUUGGUCAGCAGAGAAGUGCCACCGAGGAACCCUUGUUGCCAGAGGCAAGAACGAGAGCCCAUUGGUCAGGACACCUCAUAAUGGCCCCGGCAGCGCACAGGAUUCUUCCGAUUGGUUCGCUGUCUGCCUCGGGAGACCCCUGUUGCCUCGACGCCCAGCAGGCUCCUUGGCGCCCUGGAAAGAGCACUUCCCAAGCCCACCCCCGUUCCCCAUUGGCUGUCGUGGGGGCCGCCGCCAUCUAAUGACGGAGGCGCAAAGCACCCGUGGGCGCGCUCCCUGCGGCAGGAUCUAGUCCCGCGGGAGGGCGACCCUGCCGGGACUAUAGGUGCCGAAGCUGAGUGCAAGACUCAGGCGCCCGGCACUCCUGCGGAGGACCCCCGUUCUCCCUCGGGACCUGGUCUGGAGCCCAUCCCGGACCUGCCCUCGGGGAGCUCUGCACCUCCAACCUGGAACCCAACCCGAAACCCAACCCGAAAGGCCCCAGUAAGUUCGAAGCACCCACGCGGCGUGUGAACCCGCUCAGGGCAGACGGAGAGGGGAAUCCCAACUGUUGUGUGUGCGGUCCGCGCCUCCAUUUGCUUCUUGCCUUAAUCGUUUAUCCACCGAUUAUUGGCUCCUUUAUUUGGCAUUCGGGGUCCACCUCGGUGCCACCUCUCCAAACCCUUCGUUCCAACGGUGUUGGGAAGUCCCUCGCCGCAAAGAAUUCCGAUUGAGAUCCGAACGGAGGAGUGGCGGAGACGGGGGUGAAACCCCUGUGGGACAAUGUUCUACUACCCCAACGUGCUUCAGCGCCACACUGGCUGCUUCGCCACCAUCUGGCUGGCAGCGACGCGUGGCAGCCGGCUGGUGAAGCGUGAGUACUUGAAGGUGAACGUGGUGAAGACCUGUGAGGAAAUCCUCGAUUACGUGCUGGUACGAGUGCAGCCCCCGCUGCCCGGUCUACCGCGGCCCCGCUUCUCCCUGUAUCUCUCAGCCCAGCUGCAGAUUGGCGUGAUCCGGGUCUACUCCCAGCAAUGCCAAUACCUCGUAGAGGACAUCCAGCACAUUCUGGAGCGCCUGCACCGUGCCCAGCUGCAGAUCCGCAUUGAUAUGGUAGAGACUGACCUACCCAGCCUGCUGCUUCCUAACCGCCUGGCCAUGAUGGAGACCCUGGAAGAUGCUCCAGACCCCUUUUUUGGAAUGAUGUCUGUGGAUCCCACACUUCCCAGCCCCUUCAGUAUCCCUCAGAUUCGACACCUUCUUGAGGCUGCAACCCCAGAGAGACUUCUUGAGGAGAUCCCUCCUGAAGUCCCUAUGGAGCCAACGAAGCCAGACAGGAUCCCGGUCACUGUGGUGUCCCCAGAGGCCAUCACCCUCCUAGAGGCAGAGCCCAUACGCAUGCUGCAGAUUGAGGGUGAACGGGACCUUCCGGAGGUCAGCCGGCGAGACUUGGAGCUGCUGAUUGCCGAGGAAGAAGAAGCUAUCUUAUUAGAGGAACGUGAAGAGUACAAGGAGGAGCCCCGGGCCCUGGAGGGAGACACCAUAUUACCCUCGCUUUCACCUCCAGCUCUUGCACCGGUGGAAGGGGCAGCAGAGCCACUUCCGGUCCCAGUCCCUGAGGAACUGAAGCCAGCAGGCUGGGAGCCUGAGGCCCUACUUACUGAGGUGACCCCUCCACCGGAGCUGCGUUUGCCAGCCCCUCCCAGCCCAGAGCAGAGGAGGCCCCCAGUUGCCCUAUAUCCUGGGGGCCCACCUGCUCGUCGCCGUCGCCGCCGCCAGUUACUGUUCUGGGACAAGGAGACUCAGAUUUCCCGGGAGAAAUUCCGGGAACAACUGCAAACCAGAGCCCACUGCUGGGAGUGUCCAAAGGCGCAGCCUCCUGAGAGGACCAUCAGAAGCCCCACGGAGCUAUUCCAAACCCCAACUCACUCUGGCUGGUUACCCCCAGAACUGCUGUCUUUCUGGACCCGCUGUGCCCAGCCACCCCCAGAAGCACUCAGGCGAAGGCCACCCCUGGAGCCUGAAGAGGAGGCUGAGGAGGAAAGGAGGAGGACUGAAGCUCUGAGCGAUAUUGAGGUCCUGAGAGAGGCCCAGGAGCCCAGCGGGCCCCUCAUGCUGUCUUCAGAACUCUCUCUAGAAGCGGCUGAGGAGGAGAAGACCCGCAUCAGCCUCAUCCCUUCGGAAGAACGGUGGGCCUGGGCCGAGGCAGAGCAGCCAGAGGCCCCUGCACUGCCUGUGGUACCCGAACUCCCUGAAGUGCCUAUGGAGUUGCCUUUGGAGCUGCCCCUGGAGCCCGAACUACUGUCGCUGGAGGCUGUGUAUAGGGCAGUGGCCCAGGAGCUGCAGGCCAACAGGGAGCCCGAUUUCAGCAGCCUGGUGUCCCCUCUCAGCCCUCGCAGGGUGGCUGCCCGGGCCUUCUAUCUGCUGCUAGUGCUUGCAGCACAACAGAUCCUUCGCGUGGAACAAGAGAAGCCGUACGGGCGCCUCCUGCUCCAGCCGGGGCCCCGAUUCCACUGCGGUUAGAACUAAUUCACAAGCUGCCAGGAUACUGGUUACAUUAAAUAUGUCUUGCCUGCCUCA